AAAAAACGCGGCGCCGUCGUCACUUGCAGGGCACUUGAACAAGGAAAGAGCAAGCUUCGUACAGUACAAACAGCUAGUCUCCCUCCGACAUGUUUGGCGAGGAGCCAUCGAGUGUGGGCAAGAGCCGCCGUGACAUUGUGUGGGAGCAGAAGCGGCAGCGGUACUUCGAGUCGAAAGGCCUCAACAGGCCGCCAGGAGCCGCCCCGCCAUUUUUUGACGGCCGCGGCUCUGUUGGGGCUGUUGGGGGUGGCGUGGAUUUGGGGGAGCGGAGACGGUCGAGGGACUACCUGUUUGAGCCACUCGAUGCAGGUGAAAAAAGGUCGAAACGACUGUCUGCAUGAAUCUAUGUGCUCUUUCGUCUCUCUCACUCUCUCUCUCUCUCUCUGUGUGUGUGUGUGUGUGUGUGUCUGUGUUUGUGUUAGCUCCCGUUCCUCCCCCACAGCAAGACCCCUUCCGGAAUCCUGUUCGGUUCAGUCCCAGCCCUCAGCAGCCCCUCUCAUCCCCUCCCCUCCCUCCCCCCUCUCCUUCCCAAGCCCCGCUACCGUCGUCAUUAGAAUUCCAACCUAUCUCACCACAGCAGCCGCCUGCAGGUACGCCCAUCUGUGUUUGUCAACAUGGAAGGCAUAGGUAUGGUUUGUCUGUGUGUGGUGCAGGUGGUCAUCGCACUCCGCCGUUGAUGGAUGUCCCUGCUGGGCAAGUUGGGCGGGACGAGAGGUAUAUGACGCCUCCGAGGCUGAGAAGGGUGGAUGAAGGCGAUCAGACGGCCGCACAAUCGCUGAGUGAGCUUCGCGGAGCAGCUGAAUCACUGAGUCCUCAUCUAAUCAGCUCUUGUUCCCAGGUCCGAGCCCUAGUGUUGGUGUUCUCCCAAUGGGUGGCGACAACGAUAGACAAAAGGUCGGUUGGGGAUCAACGCACACACACUACCUUUGCUUAUUUGCAUGCACAUUUCUUCUCUGCACAGAAGCUGUCAAAGCAGCAAGAGUAUGCGCGAGCACUGCAGCAGGUAUUCAUGCGGCAAUUUAGAAUUUCGCAUCAAUGACUUACAUCCCAUUUGCGUGUUUGUAGCAAAUGGAAGAGCAGCGAAAGGCAAGGGAAGCCGAGAAGCAAAUGCGGAGAGCAUCGCCACCGAGUAAGACAGACACAGCACACAACAACAACAUGCACUCUCCGUAUGAUCGUUGCUUCCAUCAGCCACACAUCUCCCCCCCGUAGCAGCUGCCCGGCACAGCACCCCUCCCCCAUCCAACCCCCUCCUCGGCGAGGCGUCCGAGCGCCCCACAGCCCGACCUCUGGGCUCAAGACACAGCCCUCAGCUGGACCAGAGGCCCGAGUCACACCCUCCGCCACUGCGGAUGGAAAGGAGGGGCAGAGUGACAGAUGAAGAUAUGGGGGACGGAAUUCCACCGGCGAGGGCGCAUAGCUUGGGGCCUCCCGUGUACGGCGCCGGCGAUGGUGUGCAGAAUCCGUAUGCGCCGAUCCCGCCGAUGUAUGGGUAUGGCGGCGCCCCGCCCCCUCCCGGACCGUACUAUCCGCCUUAUCCGUAUUAUCCGCCGCCCUUUCCGCCGUACUACCCCCCGAUGCCUCCACAGGCAGCCGUCAGCCCCCCUGGUGCAUAUGGUAAGUCGGUCACAAUGACACACCUCUGUUAAUCGUUGCUGAUCACGAUUUGCAUUGCAGGAACUCCCCCUGCCCCCGUCCCCACCUACCCAUCACCACAAAGAGCGAGCGAGCCAUCGGCUGCCCCCCAAGUGCCUCCCUCCCUCUAUGGAAAUGCCUCAUUUGCCAUGCAGCCACCACCUCCAGCGAAGAAAGCCAAAGAGCUGCACACGACCAAGGAGAAGAAGAUGAUCGGCCCUAAUGGAGGGGGCAUCGUGGGUGCGGGUGACUGGGGCAGUGGGCUGUUCUCUGGGCUUGGACAGGAGACGGCUGAGAGCAAAAGGGCCAAGAAGCAUCAGGAGUACAUGGCAGAACUGGAGAGGCAGAUCAAGGAGAAGGUGAAUACGAGAUGGCAAAUGACAGAGGGAGGACUGUGCAAUUGUGGUCUGUAUUCGGAGUGCAGGAGGCGAGGAAGCGUGAAGAACAGGAGAGGGCGAGAGAAGAGGAGAGACGCGAGGAGGAGAAAAUACAGAGGUGCCUCAUUGCAGCAUCUACGUGGGAUGGGAGACAAGGCUUUCGCGCACUUUGAAAAUUCUGUUGGUCGAUUCAGGGACAUUCAGAUGUUGCAGCGUCGCGGCAGCUCGGAGCGGCUGAAACACAUGGCACAGGCAGAGGUGAAAUGCCACAGACACGUCACACAUGCAUGCAGACAUCUUGGUGUCCGUCGAUUGCAGUCCCCUUCUCCCCAAUUUGGUCUGCCUCCCCGAUCGUCUUCACCCAAGCCACCAUCACCCUUUCCCGACGCGCCACCGCCUCCCGUGUCGAAGCGUGAUUUGCACAGGGUAGUCGAGGCACAUAAUCAAAGAUACGUCCAGGGAAUUCAUUUGCAUUUGCGGCUUUUUCAGCCGAAGAAAAUUAUCGAUAUCGAUGGAGAGAGGCAGACGGCGGCAGUGAGGGAUCCUUCAAGGUGCGCUUUUUUCCGCUGAUGCCUCACGUCAGCAUACCUGCCUGGGUAUGUUGUCUCUUCUAUCAGGUGGGGUGGCUUCGCCUCAGCGCCUGACGCAACACCCGUCCCGGCCCCCUCCCAUGACGACGAUGCGCCUGUGGGUUUCGGAGGGGGCAGAAAUAGGAGGUAUGCGCCAAUCGAAUGUGGGCAAAGCACAAGUUUUGUGUAUCUAUGGACGCUUCAGAGGCCGUCCUUCCGUUGACAGUCCCCAGCCUGUAGAAGCACCUCCUGUCUCCUCCGCGAAAGAGGAACGACAGGAAGAACAGUCGCAAAUGGAGACCAGGUCAGAGACAGAGACUGCAAAGAGCCAUCCAUGUGCUUUGCAUGAAAGCAUCAAUGUGCGUCGCUAUACCAGGAGGGCCCCCCGUGCUGGCAGCCGUCAGCGGCAUCGAGACAAGUCGCUGCCGCCAGACAUCCGCAGCCAGCCAAGAAGCCCCAAUGGAAGGUAAGUGGCUUUAACAUAAGCCUUGCCUCCCCUCCUUUAGAAGCCUUGCCUGUGUGCAUCCCAGGGCUCUUACCAAGCGCACGACGCAUGAACGAUUCUCUGCUGCCCCCCCGAGUAACAACGAUGUGUUUCGUGCUGCGAGCGAGUCGCUCGACAUUGAGCUGCGAAGGCUGCAGUCUGACUUCAAGCGGCAGCAUGACGAGAUGAAGCAGCAUAUACAGGCCAUACAAGAGGUUAGUGACAGCUGUGGUAGUGGAGAAGACCGCUGCCUGAAAGCGGUCCGUGGCUGUCUUUAGGAGUCUCGCAGAGCGCAAGAGUCGCACAUGAGGGAGAUCCACAAGGAGGUACGCAGAACCCGCAAACGUGUGUCACGUCGGCAGCGCCUGAUGCCUGUGGCACUUUUGCUCUUCAGUUCACGUCCAUCAAGUCCCAAAUCGACCGCAAUCGGCAGCAAACGGACCUGUUUUCCGCCCUCGCACGGACACCAAGCCAGCCCGCAUACACACAGCCGCCCUCGCCUCCCACCAUGCACCCGAUUCAGUCUCAAUCAGUGCUUCCCCCGCCCCCCUUCUCUGCCGAGGGCCAGGCGAGGUCAGUCAAAGACGAGAGUGGCAGUGGGGUGCACCCCAGCGGCAUUGUCAUGAGCGACUCCCUUAUGAGCGGCUCGUCGAUGGUUCUGCUCCCGACUGAAUCCAAGUUGCAGUACUUGUCCGAAAAAGAGCUCAGAGGUGAGAGAGGGCCGCUGACGUACAGCACAUGUCUCGUCGUCACUGUGUCACAUGAUGUCAGAUCGAUCGUUCACCAAUGGCGGGCGCUCGUCGGUUGUGUCUCGUGAUUCCUUCAUUCGUUCGUCGCCGUUGAGACUUGCUGGCUCUCACGCCAUCGAGGCCUACACAGGGGGACGGGCCAAGUAUGAGCCCUUAGUGACGGACGGUGCAGAUCGGCUUGAGUUGACAAGCGAGUGGGGAGGAGACACAGCGACCGGUGAGCUGUCCAAAGGAAGCUUGUAAGGUUGCAGGCAGGGACAAGAGAGGGUGUUGGUCAUUUGUUUGCAGCUCACAUGAAGGAGCUGUACCGGCGAAACAUGCGCAAGAUAGAGGAGCUGCGAAAGCUGGAACAGCUGCUCAGGCAGAAGCAGCAAGUCGACCUCGGCACCGGCGAAGACAAAGCUCCCUCUCUGAACAAUGUGAUCAACGCAAAAACACAGCAAGAAGAACAGGACGAUGCUAGGCCACCGCCACGAAAAUACACGUCAGUGCGUGGCUUCAAGAGAUGACCUGUGCCUCUUGUCCCUGCCUGACCUGCUGUUCGUGUCUCUGCAGAUUUGAUGUGCCUCCAACUGCCCUCAUUCUCGAGAACCGCACACGCAGGAAGCCCUCAAGCGCUGAGGCCAACAUGAGACGCGAGAGACGCCUGCUGCCGCCGAGAGGUCGCUCGUCGAUCAAAUCUGCCGCCGCUGGCUUGAUGCACCUAGAAGGGUGUGAGCCUCCGGCCGUCUCCCGUCCGGAUCAUCCCUUCGCUGCGUCGGCGAACUUCUUCAUGACAAGCGGUCUGGAAGAAUGCUCUCUUUCCGGCAAGGCGGAAUUCGUACCGAUCGAGCAGCUGGAGGGCACGUACAGCUUUCGUUUUGACGAGAGUCAUGAACUGGAAGAGAGCGUCCCUCGAGAGCCGCCGACGCCCAUGCCCCUGCCGGAAGAGGGGGGGGACACUGGAUGACAGCGAAUCUUGUGAUACGCAACAGGUGAUUGAGUCGAUGAAUGACGAGCUCAAGGCGACACUUGGCGGCGAUGGCCACGACUGAGCUUUUGCAUGCACUGAUUCUCUUUGUGACUAGAGCCGCAUCGUCAUUGCAGUUCAGCUGUUGUGGACAUUUGUCGUACGAUGAUGCAUGUUCAUCAC